AUGUUUCUUGCAGGGUUGGUUGUCCGUAUCAAAUCGAUGUGUAGUCAAUAGUAAGGGGCGACGGCAGCGGGACGGCGCGCGACGUCAGUUGGUAAACAAAGUUGGGAAAAGCAAAAUGAGACCCUGAGAACUGAAUCCCACCCAAACUGCGGCAAAGAAGAACCUGGACCGUGUCUUCUUUUUCCUGGCUGGGUUGCCUUGCUACAACACGCUGCCAAACAAUUAUUCUUUCUCUUUGUCUCGUAUGUUUGUCUCUGUACAUAUGUGCUAGGGAGUUGAAAAUUACUUCUCUUGCGGCGGUUUAGACAUUUUUCUAUUUCUUCUCGCCAUUCAAUCGCCCCUCCACUCCUCUUGCUUUUGUCUGCUGAGGCCACACAAUUACCAAAAACUAAGCACAAUGGCUUCGAAUCAGCCUCAAGAACCUCCCAAAUCAGCACACACGUCUCUCCUCCCUCGACCUAAUCCAUGGUCCGUCCGAGCAGUACUCAAAGACCUCCCAAACGCGCCAGCCGAAAAUACAACCUCACCAGUCUCAUUUUUCCACUACGUCGAGCGACUCAAGAUUGAAAAGCGCGAAGGAUGGCGAAGAUUUGGAAUCUCAAAGGGAGAAUCAAUAGCAGACCACAUGUACCGCAUGUCUCUGAUCACCAUGCUCGCACCUCCCGAAUUGAGUGCCCGACUGGAUAUCCCCCGGUGUACCAAGAUGGCGCUGGUUCACGACAUGGCUGAGGGAUUGGUUGGCGACCUGACUCCUGUGGACGGGGUGCCCAAGGUCGAAAAGAACCGUCGCGAGGCCGAAACCAUGGAUUGGGUCGCCAAUUCGUUGCUGGGCAAAGUACAUGGCGGAAUCCCCGGACAGGAGAUCCGUGCGGUCUGGCAAGAGUAUGAGGACAGUGAGACUCUGGAAUCGAAAUUCGUCCAUGAUGUCGACAAGAUUGAGUUGAUUCUGCAGAUGGUGGAGUAUGAAAGAGCCAGUAAUUGCGCGGUUGAUCUUAGCGAGUUCAGCUGGGUCGCGAGGAAGAUUUGUCUAGACGAAAUGAAGGUGUGGGCACAGGAGAUUCUGGAUGAGAGAUCGAAACUCUGGCAGAGCAAGGAUCUGGCGCCGCGUGAACCUACGAAAGCUGCGACUAUUAAGGAGCAACAGGAUGAGUAUUAUGGCAAUGGAAAUGCUGAGACGAACGGCCAUAAAGAGUCGUGAACUGAAGUGGGAUGGAGAUGAAGACACGGAGGUGUUUGUGUUUGCGAUUGAUUGAUGCUACUGUAUGAUAGAACGGAUGGGACUGCCACGACUGCCAGUUGUUGCAGUCAUAAUACCCAGGAAGCAAUAGAAGGCCAUGCUGCUCGA